AGAAUGUUCCUUCAAAUAUAGCUGUAUUUGCAAAAUCUUGAAGGGUUGAAUCAUUCGAGAUACAUGGUGCGGGCUUCUUUCGUGCCAAAAACGAAAGCCUUUCAAUUCCCAGAAAAUGUUCUCUCGUUCCCUUUCGGCUCUCUAGCCUUAUAAAUUAGCAGUGACAGAUCCUUGUCCUUUCCACGGAGUACUUUGGAUUUUGGAACCCUUGCAUCAAAAUAUCCUGUCCAAAGUCUUUCCAGAUCUGAAUCAUACCCCUAUAAACCAAUAACAGAAAACGCAAAAAUUAAGGAAGAUGGUGGUGGGUUUUAGUUUGCAGCCUGUAUUAGACUUGUUGGUUGCUGGGAUUUCUUUGGUUAUUGGGAUGGGGAUUUUCGCCUUCAUUGCUUCCAUUCUGUGCUCUGCUGCUUUCUUGCACAAUGCCAGGCUCGCCCAUUAAUCCCACCCACCGUCGAACUCAAGAAUAAUUUGGUCAUCUCAUGCUGACGUUUUGACGCUGGUGCCUCCGAAAACUCUUACAGGGUUUUAGAGAGUUCCUUAAAAUUUUAAGCAAUGAAGCAGGGCUUCAGCUUCUCUCUGCCAGUAACCGUCGUUGCUUUGUCCAUCUUCUACGUUUAUUUUUCAACAGUCUUCAUUUUCAUCGAACGUUGGUUUGGCCUCAUGUCCUCCCCUGGAAUCUUCAACACGGUCAUUUUCACGGCGAUUGCUCUCACGUGCAUCUUUACCUACGCUGCUUCUGUCUUCACGGAUCCGGGUCGGGUCCCCUCCACCUAUGCACCCGACAUCGAAGAUGCGGAGAACCCUAUCCACGAGAUCAAGCGCAAGGGUGGGGAUUUGAGGUACUGCCAGAAGUGUUCUCACUAUAAGCCUCCCCGUGCGCAUCAUUGUCGUGUUUGCAAAAGAUGUGUUUUGCGAAUGGAUCACCAUUGCAUUUGGAUUAGUAAUUGCGUUGGGCAUGCUAACUAUAAGGCGUUCUUCAUUUUCGUGAUGUAUGCUGUUAUUGCAUGCAUCUAUUCCCUUGUCUUGCUUGUUGGUAGUCUAACUAUUGAUUAUCCAAAGGAUGAGCAGCAAAGUGGAGACUCUUUCAGAACGGCAUAUGUCAUUUCUGGGCUGUUGCUAGUCCCAUUAUGUGUGGCACUAAGCAUCCUCUUAGGUUGGCAUAUCUACCUCAUUUUGCAUAACAAGACUACGAUUGAGUACCAUGAAGGAGUUAGAGCUAUGUGGCUGGCCGAAAAAGGAGGGAGUGUCUAUACACACCCAUAUGAUCUUGGUGCCUAUGAAAACCUGACAGAAGUUCUGGGUUCAAAUGUCCUGAGCUGGGUAUGCCCCACAUCGAGACACAUUGGUUCUGGUCUUCGCUUCCAGACUGCCUAUGAUAACUUAAGUGGUGCAUCAACAACUAUAUGAACUUGAACCCAGGUUGGUUUUGGCAUUUUCACUGGUACCUGUGAAGGGAUGGAUGAGUACUGAUCUUGUGAUGAUGACUAGAGUGGGUUUGCUUGUGAGUGUAUGUAGAUUAUUUGCUGGGGUAGUUUAGGAAUGAGAGAAGGACAGAUCAAUUUCUCACCCACAAUUACCAGUCUUGGAGUUGAGAAAGCUCUUUGCUAAGUGUUUUGCAACAAGGAUUUGAAUAUGAUAUCCCUUGUUGAUAGAAAAGGCUGGAUAGGUCUUUGAAUGAUCAGGCCUAGGAAUUUUUUAUAUUAUUUUUUUUCCUUCCCUCCACACAACCAUCCCUCCCCUCCCUCUUGCCCUUUCAUAUCCUUUUAUUUGUAACCUUUUGGAUGGUGUAGAGUUUAAGAAACAGGGUUUUCAGAUGGUAAAAAUGUUUGUAUAAAGAGUGGGAAUCCGAAUCCCGGGUUACUGAUUUAAGUCUCAUCUAGAGCUGGGAAAUGAUUUAGUUCAA